GUCAAUCGAAAAUCAACCACAUAAGACCCAUCCCUCACCAACACAAACAACACACUCUCCUAAUCAACAAACCCAACCAGAACUGGAAAUCAGAGAGUGUUGAAAAUCAUGGCUUCUGCUUCCCAAUCAAUAAUUUCAGCGAACACAUCAUGCGCAUUUGCUUCACCGAGGUUGUUAAGGAGAUAUGGCAAAGUGACUCCAAAUUUCAAGCUUUUCACUGUCAGAGCUUCCUCUGAUGACGCUGAAGACUGUAAUGAUGAAGAGUGUGCUCCUGAUAAGGAGGUUGGGAAGGUUAGCAUGGAAUGGGUUGCCUCUGAGAAGACCCAAGUUGUUGGUACAUAUCCACCUCGUAAACGGGGAUGGACUGGCUAUGUGGAGAAGGACACUGCUGGGCAGACCAACAUAUACUCUGUUGAGCCCACAGUUUAUGUAGCAGAAAGUGCAAUAAGCUCGGGAACUGGAGGUGCUUCUGCUGAUGGAGCUGAAAAUACAGCUGCUGUUGCUGCUGGCCUUGGCCUUCUCUCUCUUGCUGCAGCUUCAUCGAUACUCCUCCAGGUUGGUAAGAACCCACCACAGAUUCAGACAAUGGAAUACAACGGACCAUCUCUUAGCUACUACAUCGACAAAUUUAAGCCACCAGAAGUGAUUCAAGCUGCAGUGCCGGACCAAGUCGAAUCUACCCUGCCUAUUCAACAAGAGAGUUCCUCCCCAGUUACCCAGAUAGAGGUUCAAUCUGAAAAUCAACCAGAGCCCUCCGCUCCAACUUUGAUGAGUAUUUCUCCGGCCAGUUAAUAUAAUCUAGUUUCUUGAACUGCAAACCUACUUCAUAGAAAUUUCUGCCAUGCCACUUGUGUAUACAAUAGUUUGAGCUUAUGAAUUACAGCAAAAUGAACAGCAAUUUUUUUUUGUACGUCCUGAUAAAUAGAAAAAGCGACUUUGUUGUAUAUUUCAGGUAUUUAUCAUAUUGAACUUUGAGGCCUAAUACACAUUGGUAUGUAUCUAGCU